UCCUUCUCUCCUCCCAUCACUUAACAAUACAGAGGAGAAACCUGAAAGAGAAUGGGACCAAUGUCUGGACACAGAUCUUGUGCGUCCCCGUGACUUCCUCUGAGGUUCACAGAGAUGAGCGAGGAGGUGGGUCCACUGCAAAGAGACCAUUUGCUGUCCGUGGUUCUGCCAGGUGGGCUGGAGAAGAGUGUCACAGUGCAUGGAAGAGCAACAUAAGUUUCAAACCAAACUCUACUAUUGGCUCGGUAGAAGCUGAGAAGAUUGUGCUGAAGCCCAAAGGGAUGGAGGAAAAGCUCAAGGGGCCAUACGUGCCUGAGGCAACAAUACGUCUGUUGAUCAACUACAAUAAAUCCCAUAAGACUGUGGUGCGAGUCGAUCCCAAACUGCCGCUGCAGAUGCUGCUGCCGUUGGUGUGUGACAAGUGUGAGUUUAAAGUAGAAACAACCAUAUUACUGAAAGACUCUCAGUCCAAAGAGCUGCUGGACCUGACUAAGAGCUUAAAUGACCACGGACUCAGGGAAGUGUUUGCCAAAGACACAGGGGGUAAAGACCUCACUGACCAUCAUCAGCCCAAGACAGCAGAAACAGCAGAAGUCAUCUCACUUCCACUGCAAGACCUGCCAAAAAAGGAGAAGAAAUGGAAGGAAAAGAAAGGAUUCUUCAGCUUAUUUAGAAGAAGGAAGAAGAAACACGAAAUGCAGGGCGCAGUAAGUGCUCCUGCUUCUCCAGGACCCAGGAAACAAGCGGUACUCCGUAUGAAUUCGGAGAGCAUUUCAUCUUCCAACACCUUGCCUAUAGAAAAGCCCAAGAAGAGGCAAGCCCCCCCGCCACCAGUUGCUGUUUCUCAGAGUGUCAGUAACUUCAGCACCUGCAAUUUAGGAGGAGCACAGAGCUCUGAAGGAUCUACCUUAAGAAGUACCAAGAGGAGGGCCCCACCACCUCCCUGUGCAAACACACUCCAGGAGCUGCUGACAGAUACUAAAGACUCUGUGCCAUCCCAAGGAGAAACUGUCAAGUCCCUGAACACUCCGGAGGAACUAAAAGAAAGUGAUGAGUCAGAGUGUGUAAACAGAUCACCAUCUUCACUGGCACGCCCUUUACAGCCAAAGUCAGGAUCAUCCUCCUUACAGCAAUCACUGGCUCAUCUCCACGAAGUGGCUGAUCCCUAUCUGCCUAUGUUACGAGGCAAAGACUUCUCCAGCGCCCGCUGCAACCUUGCCAAAGUCCUGAUGUCUUCUGUUUCUAGAGAAACACUGGUCAGACGUUUGAAGAACUCUGCCACUUUCCCCAAAUUUCAAAAUGGCUCCUCCUUUACCCCCAUGACCCCAAGGUGUCCGAAUAGUGAAGUUUUCUGCACAGAUGUUGAAUCCGCUUUCAAAUCUAACCUUCCAACUGAGAGUGAAUGGGAGUAUCCAGCUGAGAAGAGGGGGAUGACCACAUUUAAAGUUAUCCCUCUGAAGAAAACACAAGAUCUUACCGGAGAUCUUCCAGACCAGUGCUGUAUAUCACCUAAAGAUACCCCAGAGAGCAAAACGUCUCAUGAGGUUGGGAAUAAUCAAGUAGAUACUGAUGAGAAACGAUAUUCACCAGACACAUCGGGGAGUGAAAAUCCUGCACCCAGUCCGGAUACCUCCUCUCAGCAGAUUCAGCUUCCUGACAACCUGGCUUCUCCUCCACUUCUGCAUGAUUUAACUGAUCAGAACUUACCCAGUCCACCUCUGUCGGAGGCUAGGGACACCUCUGAAAAGGAGAGGGAAGAGGUGGGCUAUGAGGUCACAUCAGAGGUGAUUUCAGGGUGCAGUUAUGGAGAGGUUAAUACUGAAGAUCACAUCCACUCAGAACCUCAGAAGGAAUUUGUCGAUAAUUCCAGCGCAGACACGUGCGCCGAUGAGACGAAAGCUGAGGAGGAAGUGGUGCAAGAAGAAGAGGAGAAGGAGGAGGGCAGUUUCCCUCCACCUCCUCCACCUGUCUUUUUCAAUGAAGACAUAGCAAUAAUGGAGAAUGAAAGAGAGGAUACUACAUCCCCCUCUUUGCUGCCCUCCCAAAUAUCAAGCCCUACAGUUGCCCUGAAUGGGCAAAUUAAUGUAUUCAGGGAGACCCUUCAAGACAAGCCUACUUCACCUAGGCCUGAACAGAACAGUCUGGAAAAGAAGAGUGCAGCCCCUUCCAGAUUUGCUCAGGCAGUAGCAAUAGCUGUCCAGAGAUCUCAAUGCAGUAAAGGUCCUCAAAUUUCCAGUGGUGCACAUGGUUUGCUUCCAUCACCACCUCGGUCCACAUAUCAGUAUGGUGCCUGACCUGCUUCCUCUCAGAUGUUUGAAUGAAAGUCCUGGUUCACAGUUGGGCCUGACUGUGGACACCAGACUGAAUAAUUUCUAAGAACAUCAUCAGUUUUUAUUCUUUUCUUUUUAAGGUUUGUGCUCACUGUCAAAUGUCUGAUUUGUUACAAAAUGAUUUAUAUACAUGUUGAGCAUAAACAUUUUCUGUUAUGAAGAAGGCCAAAUUCAUAGGACAUGAGGGAAAAUGUCCUGUGUGGGGUUUUUUUUUUUUUUUU